AUGGAUGACCGUGAGCUCCAAAAAGGGAAAUCCAUUUCUACGGAACUUUUCGCUGCAAUUGAAGAAUCAAAUAUUGCACUCGUCGUACUCUCACUAAAUUAUGCAUCUUCAGCAUGGUGCUUGGAUGAACUUUUGAAGAUUCUUGAGUGCAUGGAAGCUAGGAAAACAAUUUAUCCAAUAUUCUAUAAUGUCGAUCCCUGUGAAGUGAGACGACAAACUGGAAAUUUUGCAGAAGCCUUCACCAAACAUGAAAAGAGACCUAGUGACGACACAGAGAAGGUGCAAAAGUGGAGAGCUGCUCUAACAAAAGUGUCAAACUUCUCUGGGUGGAAUUCAAAGGACUACAGGUAUGAAUCGGAGCUCAUCAAGAACAUUGUUGCUGCAGUAAGGAUGCAAUCACGCCCAACAUUGUUUAGUUCAAUGGAGAACCUAGUUGGGAUUGAUUCAAGAGUAGAAGCAGUUAAAUCGCUUUUAGGUGUAGGGAUGAAUGAUAUUCACUUUAUAGGGGUAUGGGGAAUGGGUGGAAUUGGUAAGACAACGAUUGCCAAAGUACUUUUUGAUCAAAUCUCUAAUCAGUUUGAGUUCAGGGGCUUUAUUUCUAAUGUUAGAAGCAAUGAAGAAAGAAGGGGUCUGGUUCAGUUACAAAAGGAACUUAUUUCUAGGACUAACGUACGGGAUGUUCAUGAAGGAGCCACAAUGAUAAAGAGAUUUCUACGUCACAAAAGGGUUCUUCUCGUUCGUGAUGAUGUUAAUCAUUCGGACCAUUUGGAGUACUUGGCUGGAAAGGAAGACUGGUUUGGUUUUGGAAGCAUAAUUAUCAUUACAACUAGAGAUGCUCACCUGUUAGUUAAACAUGGAGUGCUGAGAAGAUAUGAGGUCCAAGGACUAAAUACUAUUGAAGCUCUUCAGCUUUUUUGCCAGAACGCCUUUAAGAAAGAUUACCCUGAACAAAGUUACCGUGAUUUGUCUAAUCAAGUUGUGAAUUAUGCUAAAGGUCUCCCUCUAGCUCUUAAAGUCUUGGGAUCUCUUUUGCAUGGAAGAGGUCCUAGUGCAUGGGAAAGUACGUUGGCAAAAUUGAGAGAAGUUCGUAAUGCAGAAAUUUUCGAGACACUUAAAAUAAGUUAUGAUGGUCUAGAUGACGAUGAGAAGAAUAUCUUUCUAGAUAUUGCAUGUUUAUACAAAGGAUAUGAGAAAAAUGCAGUAAUAGAAGUACUCAAGAGUUGUGGCUUUCAUGCAACUAUUGGGAUUGAUGUACUUGUGGAGAGAUCUCUCUUAACUAUUUCAGAUGCUGGCAGUGUAGAACAACUAGAAAUGCAUGAUUUGCUGCAAGAAAUGGGCCUAGAAAUUGUUCGCCGAGAAUCUCCUAAGGAGCCAGGCAAGCGCAGUAGGUUGAGCCUUAAAAAGGAUGUUAUUCACGUCCUGAGAAAAAAUAGAGGAACAGAUGCAGCGGAAGCCAUAGUACUACGUGUGAAUAAAGAUGCAGACACAGAAUUACACUUUCCCGGAAAAUCCUUUUCAAAGAUGACAAAUUUGAGAAUACUGAUACUUGAUGGUGUUUGUGUGCACCUCUCGGACUGCCUCGAGUAUCUUUCAAGUGAGUUACGGAGUCUAAUCUGGUGGAAAUGUCCUCUACAAUCUUUGGCGUCAGUUACCAGCCUAGAGUACUUACAAGUACUUGAAAUGCGCCAUAGCCAUAUUGAAUAUCUGUGGGAGGGUGAAAAGCCUCUAUACAGUUUGAAACGAAUCGACCUCAGUCACUCUUUGAAUCUUCUGAAGACCCCUGACUUCAGUGGUAGUCCAGAUCUUGAAUACUUGAAUCUUGAAGGUUGUAUACAGCUGUACGAGGUUGAUUCAUCCGUUGGAUUCCUUGAAAGACUUGUUCAGAUAAACUUGAUGCGUUGCGAAAACCUUAGGCUUCUUCCAAGCAGGGUAUCUGGCUUAAAAUCGCUAAAAGUUUUUGAUCUUUCAGAUUGCUCGAAGCUUGAGAAAUUACCGGCAGACUUGGGCCAUUUAGAGAGUCUGGUACAACUUAAUGUGAAUGGAACUGCCUUGAGAGAACUGCCUGCAUGCAUGGGUCUUCGAAAUCUCAAAGAAUUAGUCUUUUGUAGAUGUAAAAGACCACCGAUAUCUAAGUUGCUGCCUUCCUUUGCUGGUUUACAUUCUUUAACAAAACUGGAUUUGUCGUACUGCAAUCUUUUGGAAGGAGCUAUCCCUGAUAAUAUCGGCUGUCCAUCCUCUUUAAAGAAACUAUAUCUAUCUGGUAACCAAUCUGUUACCCUUCCGGAGAGCCUCAGUCAACUUCACAGGCUUGAACUUCUUGUUUUGAAUAAUUGCCCGAACCUUCAAAGAUUACCAAAGCUUAUGUCUGGUGUACGAGUGGGUGCUAGGUAUUGCAUUUCAUUGGAGAUAGUUCCAGAACAUCUGUCAAGCGCAUUGUUUCUGCAAGAACCCGUAGGCUAUGUAGAAGCUUGGAUGGAAUCUCUUCUCUUCCAUUUGCCGUAG